AUGGCCAUGGACGACUUCCUGCGAUCCGUCUGGCUCGCCGAGGAGUCGCAAAUGCUCGCCGCCGCGCACGCCGCCGGUGGCGCGGAUCCGCGCGCGCGAGACAAGGCAGCGGGGCUGCUGCGCGCGCGCUCGCUGCGGCGGCAGAAGUCAGCCGCGGCGCUUCCGCGCGCGCUGACUGCGCGGACCGUGGAGGACGCUAUAGGGGGAGAGCCGGGGGAUGGGGAGGAGGCGAGUGGCGGAAUUGGCAGCAGUGCGCGGAGAGAGGGGGAGGGCGGAGCCGGCGGGGGCGAGGGGGAAGGUGGAGGGGGGAAAGAAGGGGGGCAACUCACUGGAACGGACGGGCGGAUGGGGAGCGUGGGGGCAAAUGGCCGCAGGCUUGCCAUGGGGAUGGGCGUUGGCGGAGGCAUGGGGAUGGGUGGGGGGAUGGCGCCAACUACGUAUGGCGUGGGCGCAGGCAUGGGCGCAGGCAUGGGCGCAGGCAUGGGCGCAGGCAUGGGCGCAGGCAUGGGCGCAGGCAUGGGCGCAGGCAUGGGCGCAGGCAUGGGCGCAGGCAUGGGCGCAGGCAUGGGCGCAGGCAUGGGUGCAGGGGGGCUGGGGGGACUUGCUGGGGCGGGCAUGGUGGCGGCGGAUGGGGUGGGGGGCGGGGGGGAGAGGUGGGGGGGCAGUGAUGGCGGAGGGGGAGGGGGGCAAUCGGAUACAGGCGGGGGGAGUGGGGAUGGAGACACCCUGAGCGGGGGCGUGGGGGGGAGUGCGGGGCGGAGGGGGAGGAAGCGGAGUGGGGAGGGGGGAGGGGCGCCGGUGGAGAGGAGGCAGAAGCGGAUGAUCAAGAAUAGAGAGUCGGCCGCUCGGUCCCGUGCAAGGAAGCAGGUACGGUGA